AUGCGUCGCCGUGGCUCUGGACAUUUUCAGGGCACCUCCAAACUCCACAACGGCUCAUAUUUGCUUCACGGGCUUUUCCAACAGAAGGGAAACAGAUGCGCCGUAAUGUCAACAGUCGAUUACUCAUGCAACAUUGCGCGAAAAUCUGCGCCCCCGCAGGUCGGUCGGUUGGAAGUGAGCGUAAAAAAGCCGGCCUCGAUCCUCUCCAUCUCAAUCCUGCCAGAGCAGCAGACACAACCCGAGCAGUUGGCAGCUUCCUGUUCAGCACCGCAGACAGAGAACCAACCCCGACCUGUCCGCACCCACUCCUGA